AUGUUUACGCGAAUGAUAGCAUCGGGCAACAUAGUCUCCGGUCUAAAGUCAAACAACUACAACACAUACAUCCCGAUUGUAAAAAAUAAGGUAAGAACAGUGAUAUUGGUCAAAAAAAGUAUAUGUUCUUACAUUGAUAACAAUCUCUCUUCAGACGAUCUGACAGUGGUGGCGCUGGAGGGCUGCAAGGAUGAGACGCUACUCUUUGGGUCCUGCUAUAUGCCACAUGAUGGAGAAGCACCACAGACGGAACUUCGGAAGCUGGUAGAAACAGCUGCCAGAAAGAAGCACGCUCUGGUGGUAGGAACGGACGCAAACGCACAUCACACGGUCUGGGGAAGUGCAGAUAUAAACGACCGAGGUGAGUCACUAUUUACCUAUAUUCUUCAAAGUAGCCUAGAAAUAGCUAAUAGAGGUGAAGAACCAACAUAUGUGGGACCAACCUCGAAGAAUGUACUCGAUUUAACACUCUACACAAGCAGGCAUGUUAUGGUUCAGGAAUGGGAAGUGUUGAGUAGGCCCUCAUUCUCUGAUCACAGAUACAUAAGCUUUCAGGUCAUAUUCCGCUCAAAGAACAAGAUUACAUCCUUUAGAAAUCCUAAGAAUACGAACUGGGACUUGUAUAGGGAUAUACUAUCAAAAACACCAAUGAUACCCCGGAAAUACAAGUCACACGUCGCACUUGAGAAAGGGGUUGAAUUGUUUGCAACUACUCUCGUCAAAGCCUUUAAAAGAUCCUGCCCUCCAACACGUAAUAAACGCAAGGUGAAGCCUCCCUGGUGGAACAGGGAAUUAGGAGCACAAAGAAGAGAUCGUGAUCUCAUCGAGGAGGACGAGAGUAAUGACAGGCCAUAG